CUUCAGCUCCCUCAUCCUCCCCAAAACCUUAUCCUCCCAAGAAAAAAAAAGGAAACCCAAAAAAAAUCUCAAAAAAAUGGCAGCCUCAUCUCUCCUCUCUCCAAAUCUUAUCUCCUCAAACCCUAAAGCCCUAAACCUCUCCUCUCCUCUCCUCUUUUCAAAACCCAGCUUGUCAUUCUCAGUCUCUUCUUCAUUUGUGCCUUUGAAAUUGGGGAAAAGGGGGUUAGGGUUGGGGUUUGUGAGGAAAGUUGCUGCUGUGCCGUCGGAGUACGAGGAGGAGGUGGAGGAGGAGGAGGAGGUUGGGAGUGGAGUCGACGCGAGCUUUUCGCCGGAUUUGAAGCUGUUUGUGGGGAAUUUGCCGUUUACUGUGGAUAGCGCUGAGCUUGCUGGGCUUUUUGAUAGUGCUGGGAAUGUUGAGAUGGUUGAGGUUAUCUAUGACAAGCUAACUGGAAAGAGCCGAGGUUUUGGAUUUGUGACAAUGUCUACUGUUGAGGAGGUUGAGGCAGCUUGCCAGCAGUUUAAUGGUUAUGAAUUCAAAGGCCGAACAUUGAGGGUGAACUCAGGACCACCACCUCCAAGAGAGGAGCGCCCAUCAAGGGGUUUCCGAAGCGAAGGUGGAGGAGGUGGUGGCAGUUUCAAUGCUGCCAACAGGCUCUAUGUUGGUAACCUCUCAUGGGGUGUUGACAAUUUGGCUCUCGAGAACCUUUUCAGUGAACAAGGCAAGGUUGUGGAUGCCAAGGUUGUGUAUGACAGAGAAAGCGGCAGGUCAAGGGGAUUUGGCUUUGUCACUUACAACACUGCUGAGGAGGCCAAUAACGCUAUUUCAAACCUCGAUGGCUCUGACUUAGAUGGCAGAACUAUUCGGGUCACAGUAGCAGAAGCAAGGCCACCAAGACGUGAGUUUUGAUUGUUUACUCAAUAACGUAUGCAUAUCCUCAAGAACGUUUUGGCAACCAAACUCGAUACACUUCAUUCGGGUGGGUUCUAUACUCGUGAUGGGCGAGCUAUGGGCGAGCUAUUUUUGUAUUAGAUCUAACGGGCAUCUCGAAUAUUUCUCAUAGGCUUCAUAUGUGAAAGUUUCUUAGCCUCUAUAGGGAUGUGAACUUGGUUUUUUUAUAGGAUUUCAAGUUUAAAAGGUAUAAUCUGAUGCCUCACUGUCUAUGGUUUUGUUCUUGUGUUGCUUGAAGUUUAAAUAGAUUGAACUGGAGAGUGACUUUUGGGAGCAUUGCCUUAUAGAAGUAGCAAAAUUUAUGCUUUUGAAAUUGAGUUA